AUGAAACAAGCACCGGUAAUAUCCUGCAAACAAUACUUACCCGUGAAUGAAUGUACACAAUUAUUGCAUCCACUGUUAAUUAUACUACUUUUACAAAUGCUAGUAGUUUCUAGCGUCACUACAAUAACAAAACAACAUUACUUACUAAUAAAUGGUCCAAUGCACACACGAGCAUUAAUCAAUACUACUGUGCAAUUUAAAUGUCGUGUUCAGCUGCUUAUUCAAAAUAUAGGUCCUAUUGAAAAUAAAUGUACACAAAUGGCAAAUGAAACGAACCCACCGACAUGUUCAUCAUCUUCCACAGCAUCCUCACUAACUCCAUCAUCGUCGUCAUCAGCAUCAGCUUCAGGAGAAGUUUGGCAAAUAAUAAAGCCAAAUCUACUGCCUGACAAGUUAGACAUCAUUGUCCAAUGGAUGAAAGAUGGAUUUGGAUAUGAUCGAGAUGGGCUGAGACAAACAUUCGGUGGAAGAUACACCAUGAUGGAAUCAAAGGAGAAAGAUAUGUACGAUUUAACUAUCCACGGUGUUCGAUAUGAAGAUGAAGGUGAAUAUGCUUGUCAGGCUAGAUUGGUUGAGAAGUCGAACUCAAUUCACUUAACAGCCAGUCACACAAAACUAGACAGAAAAUCAAUAAAUUCUGACCGAAUCAACUAUGACUCUUCAAAGUCAGAAUUCUUAAUGCAUGAUCCACUUGCCUUACUACCAAUGAGUUUGAUUAAAAGUAAUACAGCUAAUUUAAAUAUAGUAGUUCCCCCAAAAUCAGUAAAUUUAAAUAUACUGAUAUAUGAAAAUUUAAAAUCAAAAUUUCUAAUCAAUACCAAAAAUCAAUAUAAUUAUUUGAAAUCGUCAUCGUUCCGUCGAAUGAAUCAAACACAAAAUCAGCAAUCAGUAUGGCUUCACUUAAACAAAUCUAUUCAAUUGAUAUGCACCACAUCAUCAUGGAGUAAACCAUUGGGAAAGAUAAAGUGGUCAAUAAAUAAUGAUGAUGAUGAUUACAUAUUUGACGAUAUUGAUGAUCACAAUAAAUCAAUAAAUGCCGAUUUAUCAUCUCGUAUUUCGCAUUCAUUUGACUUUCAUUUAAAACGUAAAUUCCCCUUUGAUCAUCAUCAUUUACAUGGACUUAUGAAUAAACAGGUGAAAACAGAAGAAGAAAAAGAAGAGGAAUUAUUGAGCUGGUUAAAUUCGGCUUAUUGUGAUUCAAAUUAUCAAUGUCAUAUUAUGAAUCGAACAAAAAAAUCAAUAGUAUUGAAAUAA